AUCUUGCUCCUGCGUCAGCACUGGUCCAACAUUUCGUCAGCCUGGUCCUUUACCCCACUUCCCUGCAGCUUCGCCUCCCGUCUUCGAAUCUUCCAUCUCCCAUCUUCCAUCUUCCAUCUUUCCUUCACUUCUCACGCCCCUCUUCAUCUCCACGAUUUUCUUUCGUCGUUGCCCCAUCCAACAAUUCAUUCCUGCUCACACCUGGAACCUCCCCGUGUAAGUCGCCUGCUUCAUGUCGACGUACAUCUACCGAGAACGAGACCGCGAGCGGGACUGGGACGAGCCCCGUUCGUCUACCGUGUCCAUCAAGCGUUACGUCAUUCCUUCCGAGGAGGAUCGUGAGCGCGAUUUCUACUACCGCCGCGAUGACCCUGGCGAUCGCGAGCUGGUUAUCCGUCGCUCCGUCGACCGCGACGAGCCCGUAAUGGUUCAACGCUACGAACGCGAUGUUGACUACGACUCGCGUUCAUUUGACUAUCGCUCCGAAAGGGACAUCUACGAACGUGAGUACUACGCACCCGAGCGCAUCCGCACCUGUCCCGCCCCCGUUGUCAUCCGUGAAGCUCAACCGAUAAUCAUUCUUGAAGCCCGAGGUCCGGUCUACCUCAACCCACGCGAGUCCGACUACGAGAUCGUCCGUCGGUCUGAAGUGGACAGAGAGCCUGGAGGAUAUUACUAUCAUCGCCGUGUCCGAGAAUAUGACGAUGAGCGUCGCAGUCGACGAGAACUGAGCCCCAACGACUCGGUCUCUCAGACCACCCGUCAUCGCGAUGACCAAGAAGCGUACAGCAGCGAUGACAGCAUGGUCUACAUUCGCAAAGAAGUCCGCGAAUAUGAUGAUUCCCCUCAUCAUCGACGGCAUCUGGCUGAGGGAGCUCUAGCGGGGGUUGGUGCCGCAGAAUUGCUCCGCAACCACCACAAGAAGGAAGGCGAAGAAGUAUCACAAGGCCUGGGCCGUUUAGGCAAGGACAUAGGUGCGGGAGCCCUGGGAGCUGUUGCGGCCGAGGCAGUCUCGCGCGCGAGGGAUCACUACCGCAGCAAAAGCCGGCAUCGCUCCCAUUCAUUUGACGACGGCCGGAGGUCUCAUUCACGUCAUCACCGCCACCACCACCACCAUCACCAUAGCCACAGCCGUCGCAGCCGCAGCCGCAGCCGCAGCCGCUCUCAUUCCCACUCACGUGCUAGAACACUUGCAGAACUCGGCUUAGGCGCGGCUGCCAUUGCUGGAGCCGUGGCGUUGGCGCGGAACAAGUCGAAUUCGAACAAAGACCGACGGAGUCGCUCACGUCAUCGCCGCUCCAGCUCACACAGAUCGGUAAGGGGUACGGACGAGGAGGGACGCAGCCAGUCUCAACGCAGGAAGCACAUGGCAGAGGCUGGCUUGGCUGGAGCAGCUGUAGCAGGCCUUGUGGAGAAGGCCCGCAGCCAUUCCCGCUCUCGCAGACAUGAAUCUCGCUCGCACAGUGCAAUCAGGAAGGCCCUUCCGGUGGUAGCAGCUGGGCUCGGCACGGCUGCGGCAACGGGACUUUACGAGAAGAACAAGGAAAAGAAAGAAGAGGAGGAGUCACGGCGCCGAGACCGUCGGCGGUCGAGGUCCCAAAGUCGAGCCCCGUCGGAGGCGUACCCAGACCCGACGAGGGCCUCCCCGGGGUUGAUUGAAUACGGCGAUCACCCGGUCCAAGGGAGCAUACCUGCCAACUAUUAUGGUCGGCCCAUGAGCCCGCACGGGUAUUACUCGGAUGCUUCUGACCCUGUGGCAAGUGGCGCCGCCGGGUUUGGCCCUUCCAAGCAUCGAGCCCGCAGUCGCAGUCGCAGUCGCAGUCGGGGCGUACGAUACAGUAGCGACUCCUCCGAUUCCGACCGAGGCAGCCGUACGAGACGCCACAGCCGUCAUGGUAGGCACCGCAGCCGGUCUCGCGACAUCGCCGAGGCUGCUUUAGCCGCCACGGGGGUAGGAUAUGCGGCUCACAAGCUCUCCCAGCGCAACGAGCGUAAGAAGGCAGAGAAGGAGAGAGAUAGGCCUGAAUCCGACGGGGACAGACGCCGCGAGCCAUAUGACGGCUCGUAUAAUAACCCGCCCUAUCCACCGUCCCCUGCAGGAGCUCCCCCGCGGAUCGAUGACCACCAGUACUAUCCGAACAGCAACUAUUUCCCACCACCUCCUGGAUCAGCUCCCCGCCCAGAACCGGCACCGUACAGCCCGGCCGACUACGCCCCCCCACCGGGCGCUGUGCCACCUCAGACGUACGACUACCCUGCUCGCCCAGGACCAGACACGUACGCCCCUCGGCCCCGGAGGGCAGAUGAUAUGGUGAGUGCAGCAACCUGUCCCCGCCCCACCGUCCCAUAUCGCGCAUUCGAUGGUGUAGAAGCUCCGUCACCGCUGAGGACCCCCCGUGCAAGGAGGCGACGGCCACGCGCUGCCAGCCAACCGGCCGGGCCAAAGUCAGUGGUCUUUGAUUUGAAUCUCGAACCUGAACGGCAAAAGGAUCUCGGGUAUGAAAGCGACGAUAGUGAUUCCACCAUUGAGUCGAUACAUGGCAGUCGUCGCAGCCGGCCUCGGCCUCGCCGGCACUCGUCGUCCGAGCCCUAUUCCUUAUCCCAACGUAGCGAUGCUCCAUCUGAGCCACGGGACCACAAUCCUGCGGGCGAGUCUGAUUCUGAUUCGACGAUCGACCUGCCUGAUCGGUUUGACUCGCAGGGACGGCUGCUGCCCCAAUCCAGCGAUGAUCCGGUGGGAGGUCGGCUCGAGCACCUCCUCCGAGGAUUUAACCGAGUCUUUGCGUAAACCUAGUCCUUUGCUUGCUUUUCUUCUUUCUUACUUUCUUUCUUUUUUUUGUUUCCCUCUUCAGGUG